ACUUUGGUGAAGUGAGAUCAGGGACUGUUUCUCGAUACGUAUAGUACAAACGCUAUAAAAUCACUGUUUUAAUGCAUAUUAUUCCUGAUAUUCUGGAGCAGGAAUAAAUAAAAUGCCGGGCCCUUUCAAUUUGGACAGCAUCAAGCAUCCCAUUCAUGACCAAAUUACGGAGUUACAACGGAAAAUUCAACUGCUUGAGGGGGACAGAUGCGCUUAUUACGAGAGCUCACAGGAGGCCAUGAAGAGGAACAAGGCGGCGAUCCUGCGGCUUCGCCACGAGAACAAGGGGCUGCGCAGGAGGCUGGCGGACGCGCACGCGGGUGAUGAACAAGUGACAAAAGACGCAUUUCAGAACAGAGGAACGGAGAAGGCUGCCUUCAGGUACAAAUCAGGGAGGGAAGCUGUUCAGAUCCUUGACCAGAAAGUGUCUGACAAGACAAAGAAACUUAAUGCCUUGAAGCACCGUACAGAGUCUCGCCGGUGCCACCUGGAGGGGCUGCAGCUGCAGUGCCACAGAGCACAGUCUGCAGGCCAUGCCAGUCACCAGAGUGUGGAGGAGAGGGAAGAGGAGGCAAAGAGUGAAGGCGAGGCGGCUGAGGAGCAGCCCCUACAGAAUUUACGAGUGUUGGAGAACCGGCUGGAGAAGGCCCAGCUCAAGUGCCAGGAGGCUGAACACAUCAUGAGGGGAUAUUUGAAACUAAAAGCCCAUCUGCAGGAGGAGAGCCUGACGUUCCAAUCCCAGCUGGACGGCCUGGAAGCUGAGAUUGUGCGGCAGAGGCAGGAGCUGCGAGAGCUGCAGGUCAUGCACGCCGACGCACACCUGUCCAGGGAUGCUGCCAGGGCGGAGCUGCAGCGACAGGAGGAGCAGGUGUACAGGGAGCGCAGGGAGAGGGAGAACCUCCUGACCCAGUACAAGAAGCAGGCUGAGGACCGCAGAGCUCACACCGAGAGAGCUGAGAGGAGGGCCCAGCGGGUCACCAUGCACCCGGACGAGAUGAGCAGCGAGGCCCAGCGCAGUAUCACAGGGGUGGGGGAGGAGGACAAGGCUAUCUCCACCUAUGAGGAGGCCUUCCAGCAUAUCAAGGAGGCUACAGGAGUCACCGAUGCGCAGGAGGUUGUGGAGAGGUUCGUCACCCAGGGCAACACGCAGAAGCACCUGGAGCACCUGAAGGUGGAGAAUGAGAAGAUCCUGCAGCAGCUGAAGGCGGAGAGAGAUCAGCUACAGGCUCAGAUGCAGGACAUGAAAUAUUCUGGGGAGGCCAAACUGUCCAGUGAUCAGCGUGUCCUGAACGAGUGUGAGUCCCACCUGCAGAGGGAGUGGGACGGGCGUGACAAGGCCCGGCAGAAGCUGGACUGGCUGACGGACACGCUGAACGCGGCGCGUGGCGGCGUGGAGCACCUGGCCGACAAGCUGCGGCAUAUCGCCCUGCAGGACACGGAGUUUCAUGCACCUGAGCUGGACCCCAGCUCAGAGGCCCACAUCCUGGAGCUGCUGGCACAGUCAGAGCGGAAGCUCCUGCUGCUUCAGGAGGAGCAGCACGGGAAGGACAUGGAGGCCGUCAUGAAGGAGAUAGAGGAGGAAGAAUUCCACGCCACCAUUGAAGGAAAGCUGCCUGCACAAAACAUGCGCAUCAGACUCCCCCAGGCUCAGAGACAGGACCCAUAUGAGGAUGAGGAGAAAAGUGGGGACGACGAGAGUGACAUCAUCACCCGCGCUGCCCUCAAACGCCAGUCUCAGAUGAUCAUUGACUCACGUACCAAGAGGAAGAUGCGCAUAAGGAAGAAGAAGAACAAGCAGUGAGCCAUUUGGGACCUUCAUCCAGUCCAGGGGAUGGAGUCUGUGUGUGGCGUCUCCUUCUGCCAUUGGUCUGUGCUGUAGGGUCAGGUCUAGAUUUGCAGUGGAAACAGGAACCUGCAUUUAUGUUUGAUGACGGUUCCUUAAUUUCAGGCACAGGUCACCGUACUCAGCACACCAUGCUGGUGAAACAGUGAACGGUGACGGUGACAGCACGGGGGGGGGGGGCUGCCCUGCCCACCAGCGCACCUCAGCAGUACAGAAGUAGGAAAUCAAAUUAACUUAACGGGCAGCUUUUACCUUUUAAGAUUUUUAUAGUUUUGUUGCAUCAGAUGAUAUUUCGCAUAAAUUCAUUUUGAGUAUAGAUUUUAAGUUGAGACAAGUCGUACUUAACAACGGACAGUCAUGAAGUCUAUUACAUUAGAAAUUUGAGUUACAUACAGUAAUUCAUAAUCCCAAACGAACGCACUACUAAACAAUGCAUGGCUUCAGCGGUUCAUGAGCUCGAGGUACAGUACUGUACCGUAUGUACUUAAUUUUAUUAUUACUGUAUUAUUAUUAUGAUUUUGUAUUGUAUUAUUACUUACCUACAAAUUCGACCUGAAGACAGACUUAUUGAAUUGAUCUCGUUCACAACCUGGGGACGGCCUGCACUGUGAUUACAAAUAAGAAGGGAAUUGGAUAUCACGCAAAAGACUUUGUGACGUGAUAUCAGGCAGAUGACUUACAAAGGUGAUUAGAGACUGAGCAAAAUACAGGUGCUCCUCGACUUACGAUGGGGUUACGAUCUGAUGAACUCCUCGUAAGUGGAAAAUAUCGCAAGUCCAAUAUAAAUUCAUAGGGUGCUUAGUAGAUAUAAUGGACUUGGGAAAAAAUUUUAACACAGAAAAACAAACG